UCUUUCUCCAAACUUAAUUAUUCUCUUCUUUGCUCAGCACCAUCAUCGUCACCUCUCCUUCUCUAGCUAUCUUUCUCAUAUUUGCUUAGAAUUUCAAGCUAGUCUCUGUUCCCAGGGGCCACGCACCAAUGGCAUGGUUUGAAGUAUCUAAGAAGGCUAAGAUCAAUGAAUUGGGAGAAGUAGAGGGUAGAAAGAUGGAAGAAGAGCAGGAAGAAUACACUCUUGAUGGGACUGUGGAUCUACAUGGGAGGCCUGCAAUCCGAGAGAAAACUGGGCAAUGGGCUGCUGGAAUUUUGUUACUUGUGAAUCAAGGGCUGGCUACACUGGCUUUCUUCGGAGUUGGAGUGAACCUGGUGUUGUUCUUGACAAGGGUGUUACAACAGGAUAACGCUGAUGCAGCAAACAAUGUUAGCAAAUGGACUGGAACUGUUUACAUCUUCUCUCUAGUUGGUGCAUUCCUUAGUGACUCCUACUGGGGAAGAUACAAAACAUGUGCUAUCUUUCAAGUUAUCUUUGUCUUGGGUUUGGUAUCGUUAUCACUGUCAUCAUACCUUUUCUUGGUAAAGCCUACUGGUUGUGGAAAUGAGCAGAACCCAUGUGGAUCCCACUCCGCUUUUCAUAUUGGUUUAUUUUACGUAUCCAUCUACCUGAUAGCCCUGGGAAAUGGAGGGUACCAACCUAACAUUGCUACCUUUGGGGCAGAUCAAUUUGAUGAGGGAGAUCCUAGGGAAGGGCACUCCAAGGUUGCAUUCUUUAGUUACUUCUACUUAGCCUUGAACCUUGGCUCCCUUUUCUCAAAUACCAUAUUGGGGUAUUUUGAGGAUGAAGGAAUGUGGACUUUGGGCUUUUGGGUUUCUGGUGGAUCUGCCUUUGUAGCAUUGGUUUUGUUCCUCAUUGGCACCCCAAGGUAUAGGCAUUUCAAACCUAGUGGAAACCCUCUCUCUAGGUUUUGCCAAGUAAUUAUUGCGGCGUCGAAGAAAUGGAGGGCUGAAUUGCCACCAAGUGGAGACGAUCUAUAUGAAGUAGAUGGGAAGCAAUGUGUCAUCGCUGGGGGCAGAAAGAUGCUCCACACUGAAGGAUUCAGAUUUUUGGACAGAGCAGCGAUCAUCACAUCAAAGGACACUGCCCUUCAGAACCAAGGUCUUAGCACUCCAUGGAAUCUCUGCACAAUAACACAAGUUGAAGAAGUUAAAUGCAUACUGAGACUUCUCCCAAUUUGGCUAUGCACAAUAAUCUACUCAGUAGUCUUCACUCAAAUGGCUUCUCUCUUUGUUGAACAAGGUGCAGCCAUGAAGACUACCAUUGCAAACUUCCGGAUUCCCCCUGCAAGCAUGUCUAGCUUUGACAUUCUGAGUGUCGCCGCCUUCAUUUUCAUUUACAGGCGAAUUCUUGAUCCUCUGGUUUGUAGACUAAGAAAGACAACUGGUAAAGGGCUUACAGAGCUUCAGAGGAUGGGUGUUGGGCUCGUUAUAGCAAUAAUGGCAAUGAUUUCGGCAGGAAUCGUGGAGUGUUAUAGGUUGAAGUAUGCAAAGAAAGAUUGCACACACUGUGAAGGUUCAAGUUCUUUAAGCAUCUUCUGGCAAAUCCCUCAGUAUGUACUCAUAGGAGCCUCUGAGGUGUUCAUGUAUGUGGGUCAAUUAGUGUUCUUCAAUGGGCAGGCGCCUGAUGGAUUGAAGAGCUUUGGAAGUGCACUUUGCAUGACAUCCAUUUCACUUGGGAAUUAUGUGAGUAGCUUGCUUGUGAGCAUUGUCAUGAAAAUCUCUACUGAAGAUGAUAUGCCAGGAUGGAUUCCAGGAAAUCUCAACAAGGGCCAUCUAGACAGGUUUUACUUCCUCUUAGCUGUUUUGACAACAGCAGACUUCAUUGUGUAUGUAGCGUGCGCCAAGUGGUACAAAUAUAUCAAGCUGGAGGGGAAAUUCGUAGACAUGGACGAUGAAGAUGAGAAUGAGAAUAGCUGCAGUGUCUAGUCUGCAAUGUCAAGGCGCCAUUUUACAUGACUGAUUAAAUAAAAGGGAGGUGGGGGUGUUGGGUCGAUUGUAUGGAUGUAAUUAUAGAAACCCACGUUGACUCAGCUCUUCCCAAUCCCACCUAUCCCAAGCAAUGGAAUUGUGGUUAAAAAUAGUCUCAAAGAGCUGAAAGAGAUCAGUGAUACUGAUUAAGGCUCUUCUUUUUGGACUAGCUUUAAACAUGUUUCCAUUGCUAGGCCUAAUGGGCAUAUGCUUGUACGGAGUUUCAACAUAACAAAGAGCUAGUCUUUCAUUUGUUUGUUUCA